AUGUUUGUGGCCAAGCCGCUACUUUUGUCUGUUCUCUCGUUCGUGCUGGUUGUGCUCGUGCCGUCGCAGUACCUCAAGGCCGCCCCGAAGCCCGUCGAUCUGCUGGCUUCCACAGAGCACAAGCUGCUGCAGCACCACCCGUUUUCCGACGGGGCUGCGGAGCGCACUAUCUGGCAGUUCUGGGAGCGUGGCGAGCUUGUUCCUGAGAACCUGAAACCGUUUGUCGAGCGCUGGCGAGACAUCAACGCCCCAGACUACGCCCACCGAUUCCUCGGCACGCUGGCUGUAAGAAAACGGGUCGACGUGUGUUUCGAAAACGAGCCAGAAGUGCUCCGGGCGCUGGACCUGCUGCCGCACGAAAAGCUCCAGCACGAGUUUCUCAAAUACCUCCUGAUCUACUGCGAAGGCGGGCUCUACGCAGAUAUCGACACAGACAUCUUCAAGCCCGUCAGACACUGGUUUGAGCCCAGAGUGCUCAACACACAGCUGCUGGUGGGUGUCCAGACGGACCACAACACCGAGAACUGGGCCGACCUUUACAACAGACGGCUCACGUUCGGGACGCACAUUUUCGUGGCGAAGAAACACCAUCCGUUCCUCGCAAAGCUGAUCGGUCGGAUCGUCGACUACGUGCACAAAAAUAAGGCAAAAAUCCAGGCAGCCAACUGGGAAGACCGGCUGUCUGCGCUGGACGCUGCGUCCGAGCCCGUCGCCUCGUUCACCGGACCUUCCAUGUUUACAGACGUUCUGUUUGAAUAUCUAAAUUCGCAGGACUGGAAACUCGUGUCCUCCGUGUUCAAGGAGGAACAGGCGUACCUGUUCCCGAACGAGGCGUCCGCUACGAAAAAGGACAGCGUCGGCCGCACAGAAAAGCAGAACAUGCCCGUCUACGGGCCGGAGGUGCCGAAGAACUCAAAGUUCUCCUACAAAACCUUCUCCAUGGCCGUGGGGCCUGUGCAAAUCGACUCCACCGUCAUCCUGCCGCCAAUCUCGUUCAACGGCCUGCUGGACCUCAACGAUGCCACCGGCGGCCUCCAGUACGACAACGACAACUCCAUCUCCAGGGGCUACGCGUCGCUGUACUAUGCGAGAAAGCUAAAUGAAAUAUAG